AUGCUACGACGAAGAGGAUUUUGUUGCAUUAAUGGAGUAGUGAUAAAUCAUGAGAGUUCGAGAGAGAAAAGAGUACGUGGAAUGGAAGAGAGUAAUAGAUCUGAGCAUGACGGGAUCUGUCAAACGGAAGAGAGUCAUAAAUCAUUAGAGGAAAGCAAUGUUGUCACGGAUUCCCUUCACGACGACCCCACAUCACCACCAUCAUUUAAGAACGACAUAACCCUAGCCCUCGUCGCCGGAGUGAUUGCCUCAUGUCCGCCUCCUACUCGACGUUCUGUUGCACCAAAGCCACUGUCUGCCGCCAGCGAUUGCUUCCGUUUCACCGUCAUUUACCUCCGACAACAGUCAAUCUUACCGACAUUCAUUAAUUACAGUUUAAACAUUCUAGGACUAAUGUCAUCAAGAACGAUGGGGAAAAGACUCCGUCAUGGAACUGUCGGUGCCUAUAACCAGUUAAAGGUACAAAAGUAUGAAGAUGUUUUGUAUGAUAAAAAAAGAAAAGAAAACCUCCACUGGGCAUUUCUAUUCUCUAAUAUAGUUUCAGAAUGGGCAUAAUGGUUAGAGUUCUACUUGGAUCCGGAUCAUUCAUUGCACAGAUUUGACUUUGUCUUCAACAUAUGGAAGUGGACCAACAAAGAAGUUUCUUCCACCGUUAGUUACUCCAUUACAGGUUAGCUAUUGGUUCAUCUUUGUUUAAGCAGUGGAUAAAG